UUCCUCCGCAUAUUAAAAAUAAGGUGACAGACACCACGCAGAGAGCAUGGAAAACUGAAUCAAGUUCAAGUGCCAUGGCACUAAGCUUUCAAUUUUCCAUCUUGCUUCUCCUUUCAUGUCUCAUCUCCGCAACCAGUUGCCUUAGCCAUCAUCAAAACAACAACAAACAUGCCGCAGAGCUCUUCAUUUUUGGAGAUUCACUUUUCGAUCCAGGAAACAAUAACUACAUCAACACUACCACCAGCUUCCAGUCAAAUUUUUGGCCCUAUGGCGAAUCUUUCUUCAAGUACCCCACUGGAAGGUUUUGCGAUGGUCGUCUCAUCCCUGACUUUAUCGCUGAGUAUGCCAAGCUGCCACUAAUUCAACCAUAUCUCCAGCAGCCUGCUGGUUAUCAGCAAUUUGUUUAUGGGACAAACUUUGCAUCUGGCGGAGCUGGUGCUUUACCUGAAACUUUUCCAGGAAUGGUGAUUAACCUUAAAACACAGCUGAGCUAUUUCAAAAUCGUAGUGAAGCAGCUGAGGCAAAAUCUAGGGGACAGGGAAGCAAAGCAACUGUUGUCUAAUGCUGUAUACUUGUUUAGCAUAGGGAGCAACGAUUACGUGAGCCCCUUUUUGACAAACUCCACCAUUUUUCAUUCAAAUUCUCCAGAGGAAUACGUCAAGAUUGUGAUCAGUACCUUAACAACUGUGAUCAAGGAUAUUUACAUGAAAGGCGGGCGAAAAUUCGGGUUUGUUAACUUGGGGCCUUUGGGUUGUUUGCCAAGAUUUAGAGCACUCGAGCCUGAAAAUAAUGGUGAAUGCAUGGCAGAAAUCACAACUUUAGUGAAACUACAUAACGGGGCACUUUCCAAAAACCUCAGAAACCUCAACAAACAAUUGAAAGGGUUCUUGUAUUCUAAUUUCGAUUUCUACACUACAGUGACUGAAAGAAUGAACAAUCCAUCAAAAUAUGGUUUCAAGGAAGGCAAGACAGCAUGCUGUGGCAUUGGUCCUUACCGAGGAAUUCCAAGUUGUGGAGGAAAGAGACGAGGACUAACAGAGUUUGAGUUGUGUAAGAAUGCGAGUGAGUAUUUGUUCUUUGACUCUGGUCAUCCCUCUGAAAUGGCAAACCAGCAAUUUGCAGGGCUAAUGUGGAAAGGUAUUCCCAAUGUCACAAGGCCUUACAAUCUGAAAUCACUCUUUGAACGGACACACUAGCGGACAUCGUAGUCUAGUCAUAGCCAUAUCAUAUGUUGCUUAUAUUUUUCCAAACAAUCGUUUUCUGUUCAGUGAAUAAUGUCUAGAGGUGUGUUAUGUUUUCAAUCAAAAAAUAAAGAGCAAAGGAAGAAAACGCUCAAAAGUCCAAACUUUAUUUAGCUGAGGAAUAUGUUAUUGAGCAAAGUGGGGAUAUGUCGAGUCACAUUGGUGUUUGAUUA